ACAGAAUUUUAUCUUUGAAGUUGAGGGAUUUUAUUACCCCCUUUUUUUUAAGGUUUGAAGUGGUCUUGUGCUUUUGAACCGUUACGGCCAAUCAUUUCUAAGUGGCUAACGAGAAAGUAAACAAACAAUAAGCUAUAUAAGAGGGAAAACACGACAGCCAUGUUCCUUUCUCUGUCUUUCUUCUAAUCUACAAACAUAUAUUUAUAAUGACUCACCGAUACGACACCGACGUGAAGUUCAGCCUGUACCCUGACGAGAUGAUCUCUAUGAUCCCGGAGAAAAGAAGCGCAGACUUGUGCAAAGAAGUGCGUUUGAAAAACUUUUACUUGGAUUACAAGUAUCAGUGUAAACGAUUCGGCGAAUUCGUCGUCAAAAUCGAUGAAAGGGCCCGAGAAGCCCUUGUUACAAAAAGAAACCAACGCUUGCAGCAGCAAGUCGUUCCUACUCCUUCUCCGCCUUCUCCUCCGUCUCCUCCUGCCGCCACAUCGCCCGCGCCUCUCGAUGACUCCACUAAUGCCGUCAGCAGAGGACAGAAGCGUCCUCGUGAGUCUGACGACGUUGGUGGACGAGAGAGCACCAAGAGAUUGAAAACUGGUCCUCCUCCCAGUCCGUCUUCUGUUGUUACUUCCAUCAACACCGUUGAUCUGACGGGUUCGUUUUUGCCCUCUGCUGGCAGAGAGGCUAGUUUCACCGCUCCUUCCUCUGUCAUCAGAGGUCAGAAGCGUUCUCGUGAGAUUGACGAUGUUGGUGGAAGAGCAAUCAAAAGGCUAAAAGUCAUUCAUAUUGCUUCCUCACGGGAGUAAUAUGGUGACUUUGUUAUAAAUAUUAUAUAUAAUGAAAGUGCAAUAGUUCACUUGUUAAUAAAUAUCUCUUGCUAAUAAAUAUUCUAAAUAACUUUUUC